AUGUGGUCUCCACAAAAGCUCAUUCCCCUUCUAACGCUCUGCCUGGCGUCUCUCACCUCGGCGAGGAUCUCUAUCACAGGCGCAACUACCGGCAUCAACUCCGCUAGCGGCGAGGCGCCUCCUAGGCUCAAUAUUAAUACUCUGCAUAAGCAGGGAGGUCCGGCAUGGACACUCUACGUGAGAGCCCUUGCCGCUAUGCAAGAGGCGAAGUCGUCUGAUGCUUCGUCGUACUUCCAAAUCGCCGGUAUUCAUGGACGCCCCUUGAUACCGUGGGAUGGUGACGGCAAAUCUGUUGGGCCCAAUGGAUACUGCCCUCACGCGCAAGUACUCGUCCAACACGCCCUCACCCUCGCCGAAGAGUACCCGGCCAACGUCAGGGCCAAAUACCGCUCUGCCGCCCAAACCCUCCGCAUUCCCUACUGGGACUGGGCCGAUGAUGCCACUAUUCCCCCGUCCGUCGGCCAGGCCCAGAUCCAAGUCGACACGCCCAAGGGCAAGAAGACGAUCCGGAAUCCCCUGUACAGCUACAACUUCCCCAAGGAAGCUGUCGACGGAAAGUAUGGUUCGAUAACUGGUAACCGUGACGCUACCAAGACAGUGAGGUGCUCCGCCGCAGAGGCGAAUGCCCGCAUGGCAGGCGUGAACUUUAAAGGUCUCGUCUAUGACGCAUUCACUCGAAGCGAUACGUUUGCCAAGGUUGCCUCAGUAGGAAGUGACGGCGUAGUAAUGUCCUUUGAGCAGCCCCAUAACUCCAUCCACGUUCGAGCUGCUUGUGGAAACAACUUUGCCUACACUUCGGAUUCCGCCUUCGAUCCUCUCUUCAUGCUCCAUCACGCCAACGUCGACCGCCUCUGGGCCAUGUGGGAAGAACUCUACCCCAACCAGAAAGCCCUCUCCCCUCCCUACAAAUCCGGCGGCACCUUCGCCAUCCCCCGCGGCACCACCAUCUCCAACACCUCCCCUAUGCUCCCCUUCUACGGCCCCGGCAACAAAGUACACACCAGCGCGCACGUCCAAGACAUCUCUACUUUCGGCUACACCUAUCCCGAGAUCCCCAAGGGCGUCAAGAGCACUACCUCCCGCCGUAACGCCAUGAAGGCCACCGUCAACAAGCUCUAUGGGCCUGCCGCCCCCAAGCCCAAGACUCGCAGGGCCCUCGAGUACGUAGACGAUAUUGUCGACGAGGUUGUCGACACAGUGGAAAACGCUGUCGACGACGAGGUGGACUUGGUAAACGACCUCCUGGAUGUCGAAUUCUUCGCCAAUAUUCGCGUCAACGGAAGCCACAUCCCAACGCCCUGCGAGAUCAACGUCUACAUCGGAGGAAAAGUAGCCGGCAGUUUCGAUAUCCUGACGGCGCCCCACGGCGGAGGAAUCGUCGAGGGUGAGAUUCCCCUCGAGGGUCUUGUCCAGGCCAUUGGCCUUGGUGCGAUCGCGAAGACGGGCAUCCAGGCCGUUUCUAUCUUGGGAGAGAACGUCCACGUCGAGAUCCUGCACCCCAACGGAACCGCCAUCCCCUACGAACAGUACGACAGCGAAUUCGAAAUCGACCUCGUCGACAUCGACGUCACCCUCGACUCCAGCCCCGACGUGUUCCCCCAGUACGGCGAGAGCCGUCACACGCCUGUCCGCGCCAAGCCGGCGCCGCUCCGGAAGAAGUGCGGACGCCGAAACCGAUAUGCGGAUAUCCCCGGCGUUAAGCUCCGAGUGUGA